UCCCACAAAAAAAAAAGAGACGCUAAUGCACGGCGGCAAUGCUAAUCCCAAUCGGUGCAAGUCGCCGCGCUGCGUCCCACUCAAGCCGCCGCGCUUUGCCGGCGCAACUCCGAAGUCAAAGGCGGUGUGUCAUGCAGAACUGCGGAGGAAUGGGCCGCACCAUCGAUAAAGAGAUACUGUCGAAACGAAAACUUGUCCAAACUCUCUUCGCUCUGUUUGGUUUGGGCCUGUGAACUUUUGUCAAGAUAACAGCUCAUCCUUGUUCCCGCCAUGUCCCUCCCCUUCCCGACCCGUCAGCUUUACUACGACGGCCAGGUGCGCGCCGCUUCGUCCGGCAAGACCUUCCAAACCGUCAACCCCGCCACUGCAACCCCGUUGGCCGACAUCCAGGUCGCCUCCAACUCGGAUAUUGACGCUGCGAUUGCGGCUGCAGAGCGUGCCUUCCAGGUCUGGUCAAAAACGACCUAUAUUGCUCGCGCCCGUAUCUUGCAGAAGGCUGCUGCUUUGUUGCGCGAGCGCAAUGAUGAGAUUGCUCGUGUAGAGACUCUAGACUCGGGCAAGGCCUUUACGGAGACGAGUACCGUGGACGUUGUGACAGGUGCCGAUGUGCUGGAGUACUAUGCCAACUUUAUCGGUGGUGGUGGUUUGAACGGCGAGACGACACAGCUGCGUGAGGAUGCCUGGGUGUAUACCAAGAAGGCACCCUUGGGUGUCUGCGCCGGCAUUGGUGCUUGGAACUAUCCUAUUCAGAUUGCCCUUUGGAAAUCCGCUGCUUGCUUGGCCGCCGGUAACACCAUGGUCUACAAGCCUAGCGAGUUCACCCCUCUCCACGGCGAGACCCUCGCCCAGAUCUAUACCGAAGCCGGCGUACCUGCUGGUGUCUUCAACGUGGUCAACGGAGCCGGCGAUGUCGGUGCUUACCUGACCGCCCACCCUAUGAUCGCCAAGGUCUCCUUCACCGGCCAGGUAGCAACCGGUAUGAAGGUCGCCGGUGCCGCCAGUGGCAAGAUGAAGUACGUGACCAUGGAACUGGGCGGCAAGAGCCCUUUGAUCGUGUGCCCGGACGCCGACCUCGAGAGCGCCGUCGACGGCGCCAUGAUGGCCAACUUCUACAGCACCGGCCAGGUCUGCACGAACGGUACCCGCGUGUUCGUGCCCCGGUCCUUGAAGGCCGCUUUUGAGAAGCGUCUGCUCGAGAAAAUCGCCUUUGUGCGGGCAGGCCCACUCUUCGAUAAACAGACCAACUUCGGCCCCCUCAGCUCGGAGAUCCACUAUAACAAGGUUGUCGAAUAUAUCCGCCACGGUAUCGAAAGUGAUCGCGCAACCCUACUGGCCGGUGGUCCCGGGAAGCCCGACGUCCCCCAGGACCUUCAGGCCGGAUACUGGGUGAAGCCAACCGUCUUCACCAACUGCAAUGACGACAUGCGCAUCGUCAAGGAAGAGAUCUUCGGCCCCGUCAUGUCUAUUUUGUCUUACGAUACCGUCGAGGAAGCCGUGCGCCGCGCCAAUGCCACGGAGAUGGGUCUGGCGGCGGGUGUUUUCACAAAGGACCUUAACCAGGCCCACAAGGUGAUCGACCAACUGCAGGCCGGUAUCACCUGGGUCAACACCUGGGGUGAGAGCCCCGCCGAGAUGGCUGUCGGUGGCUGGAAGAAGAGCGGUCUGGGCGUCGAGAAUGGCCACAAGGGUAUUGAGGCUUGGCUGCAGAAUAAGAGCACCCUUGUUGAUAUGAGUGGGGCCGUGGCCACGGUCUUUGCCAAGCUUUAGGGAAGAGAGUGUUUCUCUACUUGGUUCUGUUUCUAAUAUAUACGACGUGAUGUGCGCAAAUCGGGGGGUUCAGGUCAUUUCCGGAUAGAUCGAAUGCGUUUUUAAAAGCUUUGGUUGCGCUUGGUAUGAAGCAUGCAAUAUUAUACGACAUCUUCGCCCUUUCAAAGCGAAUUGAAUAAAUAGUAUACUGGACGUUUCUGAUA